AUGACGGACUUGCAGCAUCCCGCUCCGACGCCGGACGUCGCUUCCAGCUGCGUAAACAGUGCAGUGUCCAUUGUCAGUGACUUGUCUUGCUCUCCUGAGAUUUCCAGCGAUCGGACGUCUCUGCAGCCCAUGCCAACAACCGAUAUCGAGUCCAUCCAAGUGCCGAAAUCUGUUCCGUCGGGUGAUGUGAAUGAUCCUGCUACGUACAAGCGCAGUCAGGACCCAAAUUGGAAGAACGAGGGACUGGACGAUAUCUACGCAACAUGGGACAAGCUCGUACCUGUGGACGAGCUGCCUAAAUUUGAAGAAAUGGGUCGUUUCUUAGUGGAGCUGGACCCCCAAACAGCUCGUGAACUUGAGAAGGCUUUUGUGCUGCUCCGACGCAAGUUCAAGUGCUUGCCAAAGAAGUCCCAGAUGAAGUUUGUGCUGGGACUAUUGGUGCAAAAGGGUGCUGCGCCGAGUGGUCUGGCACUGGAGAAGUUGCUGAUCAAGAAGGCUCAGAAGAGUCAGUCUGGCGUGCUAGUCGUGACGGUACUCACGAGCCCAUACCCGGAAGUAGGUGGCAAGAAACAGCGCUUUAGCUGUCAGUGGAACUGCUACUACUGUCCAAAUGAACCGGAUCAGCCCAGAAGCUACUUGCACGACGAACCAAGUGUGUUGCGUGCGAAUCGGAACGACUUUGACCCCGUGCUGCAGUUUUGUGAUCGCUGUGUGACGUUAGCAAUGAAUGGUCAUCCUGUUGAUAAGAUCGAGUUGUUGGUGCUUGGAGGAACGUGGGCGUCGUAUCCGGUAGGAUAUCAAGAAACCUUCAUUCGCGAUUUGUUCUAUGCAGCGAAUACAUUCUUUGAGAGAGCAAAGCGUGAACGACACAGUCUGGAUGAAGAGAAGCUCGAGAACGAAACAGCUGCAGUGAAGAUUAUCGGCAUCACAUUGGAGACGCGACCAGAUUGUAUCAACGCGGAGGAGCUGCGUCGAUUUCGUCGGUACGGCUGCACUCGUGUCCAGUUGGGCAUCCAGCAUACGGAUGAUGCCAUCUUGAAGAAGAUCAAUCGUGGAUGCACCACUGCUGAUGCGGUGCGUGCGCUGAAGCUGCUGCGUGACUGUUGCUACAAGACCGACAUCCACUUGAUGCCGAACUUGCCUGGAAGCGACCCAGAAAAGGAUCGAGCCAUGUUUGACUACGUGUUGCAAUCGCCAGACCUACAAGCGGACCAGUGGAAGAUUUACCCGUGUGAGAUCACGCCUUGGACAGUAAUCAAGAAGUGGUACGAUGAAGGUAGCUAUGUGCCUUACGCGGAUGAUAAGAUGAUGGACUUGCUCAUGGACGUGAAAGCCAAGGUGCACCCAUGGAUUCGUCUCAACCGUGUGGUCCGCGAUAUUCCAAGCCAGUAUAUUCUGGGAGGAAUGGAUGAGCCGAAUCUGCGGCAGGUGAUAUGCAACAAAAUGAUCGCACGAGGUACACCGUGCAAGUGCAUCCGCUGUCGUGAGGUGAAGACUGAUGAUGCUGCCAUUGCCUCUGCGGAGUGCGUCGUUCGAGAGUACGAAGCGAACGAAGGUGACGAGUACUUUAUCAGCUUUGAGACUCCGGAUCGCUCCAAGAUAUGUGGAUUUGCUCGGCUGCGUCUAUCAAUGACUGCUGGUGGCGGCAUUUUUCCGGAGCUCGAAGGCGCCGCCUUGAUUCGAGAGUUGCACGUGUACGGCCAACUCGUGGCUUCAAUCAGCGAGUUGAAGAAAGAUGCGGCCAGUGUCUCUGCAAACAAUGGGGCAGCGCAGCACACAGGUUUAGGUACACAGCUGAUGAGGAAAGCCGAGGCGAUUGCUCGUGCGCAUGGAUACAAAAAAGUGGCUGUCAUUGCUGGCGUGGGUGUCCGGAACUUUUACCGCCGUUUGGGUUUCGAAGUGGAAGGUGAAGGCGAGUUGAUGAUCAAGCACUUGGAUGAAGCACCAGCACCAAGUGGUUGGUCGAAGGCCACUUCGUAUAUAUCCGGCAGUCGAGGUGAAGGUUUGUCCUCCACACUUGCAAUCGCUGGUGCGAUCGUUCUCUUUGCAGCGACUGUAGUUGUGACCCGGAGAAGCUAA